UUUAGCAAUUAAAUCCAUCAAAUGUAGGUGAUCCUGUUGGAGAGUUCACUCUAAAUAUAUUUUGUUAGAGUUCGAAUAUUUCAUUAUAACUCCAGUAAUUUUUGAUGUCUGUCAUGUAGACGUUUCCAAUAGCAAGAAAACAUAACAUGGCUUUCUAUGGAUCAUGGAAUGUUAGAUUUCGACCCAAAAUAAAAUUAACAAAAGUUUGAAGUACUAGUUUCUAUAGAUAUAAUUAUUAAAACCAAUCCACUGUUGAAAUAAAACAAAAAAUAUGCAUGUAAGAAAAAUUAUAAAAUCAUAAGUUGACCACUUAAAACGAAUUUUAAGUACUAGAGAUAGAAGAAUCACAUGAUAGAUAUUUACAUAUCUAUUGAUGACAAUGCCAAAUAGUAAGAAUAGUGCUAGAGCAUUUAAGAGAAACACUCUGACUUAGUAGAAUAUAUAUACAUACAAAAAUCCGUUUUUAUCUCCCAAGUUGUGCCAAGUCCCAAGAUUCUUUAGUUCAUCUAUAAAAAGCUUUCAUAUGGCUCAUUCCAAAGAAACCAGCAUCAACCACAACACACACUACACCAUUGAGAAAAGUUGUAGCAACAAAAGGAAAAAGAGGCGGUCAAUAAUGUCAAGAGAAAUAGAACCACUAAUAGUGGGAAGAGUGAUAGGAGAUGUCAUAGAAAUGUUCAAUCCAAGUGUGACUAUGAGAGUCACUUACAAUUCCAACACAGUCGUCUCCAAUGGUCAUGAGCUAGCACCUUCUCUUCUCCUCUCAAGGCCUCGCGUUGAAAUUGGCGGCCAUGAUCUCCGUUCAUUCUUCACCUUAAUCAUGAUGGACCCUGAUGCCCCGAGUCCUAGUAAUCCCUACAUGCGUGAAUAUCUGCAUUGGAUGGUGACAGAUAUCCCCGGGACAACCGAUGCUUCUUUUGGGAGAGAGAUGGUGAGAUACGAAACGCCUAAACCUGUGAUUGGAAUACACAGAUACGCGUUUGUGCUGUUCAGACAGAGAGGGAGGCAAACGGUGAAGGCGGCACCGGCAACAAGGGAAUGUUUCAACACAAGAGACUUCUCUGCUUUCUUUGGUCUUUCUCUACCUGUUGCUGCUGUUUACUUCAACGCCCAACGUGAAACUGCUCCUCGACGACGUCCUUCUUACUAAUCAACUAUAAUAACACUCUACUCUAUAUGUAGAAAUAAAGUUCACACUAUACCUUAUUGUGCCAAAAUAAAGUUCCCUAACUAAGCACAGGGUAUGUGUUGUUUUGUAUGCUCAAUCCAAAAGAAAUAAAGAAUGUCAUUUGAUUUUA